CUUUGAAUUUCCUCUUUCGGGUUUUGAUCAGUUAAAAGCUUAAAAUAAACAAUAUUUUAUGAUAUAAGAUGAGAAUUAUAUAGAGCAAUCCCUCGAAACCAUCAAAGCUCUCCGGUUUAUCGGGCGAUGUAGCUGUAACCCCUUCCGCAGACAACCUCGCUUUUGGGUUUCUCAAACCCUUCCUCCACUGUCCACACUCCGCACUAGCACAGUCUCUCUCUCUAAAUCUCUAUAUAUAUAGAGAGACUGUAGAUGUUCUUUACAAAUACAUACCCUUGCCGAAGAAUCCAAUCUUUUUCUAUCUGCUUCUACACUUCAUCAUCACCAUAGAACAUCUCCGGCAUGACGAACAACCCAUCGGAAGGCUUAGGCGACGAUUUCUUUGAUCAAAUCUUAGGGAUUCCAACUUACACGGGCAACGAGUCUGCUUUGGCGGGAACGGCAGCAGGGGCAUCAUCGAUGGUUCUGCAGCUGAGCUCCGGCGGAGCGUCUCGUCAUGUGCCUAGUGGUGGUGGGUAUCAGGGGACAACGCCAGUCUUUCCCUUGGGAUUAAGCUUGGAACAGGGGAAAACUGGUUUUAUGAAACCGGAGGAAGCUUCCGGAAGCGGUAAAUUGUUCCGAGAAGGUGUUGAUGCAAAGCUUCCUACGGGAAAGAACGACAGAGACUCUGUGCAGUUGACGACGAGUAUGUUCCCGGGGUUUGGACAUGUACAGACGCACUCGUUCUGGCCUGCUGCACCUCAGGUCCAUCAGCCUUUCCACAGUCAAUCUACACAGCCUGCGGUUCCCGCUGCGCCUCAUUCACAUGCACCGGGCAUCCGUCCUAGAGUGCGGGCCAGACGAGGGCAAGCCACUGAUCCCCACAGUAUUGCCGAGCGAUUGCGUAGGGAGAGGAUAGCAGAAAGAAUGAAGGCUUUGCAGGAACUUGUACCUAGCUCCAACAAGACAGACAGAGCAGCCAUGCUUGAUGAGAUCGUGGAUUAUGUGAAGUUUCUCCGGCUUCAAGUAAAGGUUCUGAGCAUGAGCAGACUUGGGGGAACUGGUGCAGUGGCACAGCUUGUAGCUGACAUCCCACUAAACUCAGUUGAGGAGGAAGGCAGUGAAAGUGGAAACAACCAGCGAACAUGGGAGAAGUGGUCAAACGAUGGCACAGAACGGCAAGUAGCUAAGCUUAUGGAAGAAGAUGUUGGGGCAGCAAUGCAGUUCCUGCAAUCCAAGGCACUCUGCAUCAUGCCACUAUCGCUUGCCUCAGCCAUCUACCACACGCAUCAACCGGACAACUCGACACUAGUGAAGGCGGAGUCCAACGCCCCUUCAUAGAUUUAACAGCAAGGCAACACAAUUGCACGUGCCCAUCGAUGACUCCCUACAUUCUCCCAGGGCCAAUCUCCCCUUAAUGCUCUUAUUCCAAACCCACCAAUUUAUAAUUUCUACUGGGGAUGGUUACUACCGACGAAUUUCGCUAGCCACAUUGCAAUCAAAGUCAGAAACCAUAAUAUCACUUUUGCCUUUCUCCCUAUUUCGUCAAACAAGCUCUGAUGUCAAGCUAGAAGAGAGGGGGAAAAAGUUGCAGUUUCUCCGCAUGUCAUGCUGGAUUCAAGCCAAGU